AAAAGGUCCUAAAAAACUCUGAACUGAAAUCUAAAUUACAAAACCCUAGAAAGAAGACUCAUUGGACCUUAGAACUUAUUCUCCAGUGUUGUGGUGCAAUUUCAAUAACCAGAGGAACAACCGAGGGUCUCUACGCGCUGAUUCUGUGCGCGGCCUGUGGCAAAACCAUGCCUGAAAAUACCGCCAGAUGCAACGAUUGCAGCACCUCCGUCACUCGUGCGAUUCGAGAUGAAGAGGAUGCACGCGAUGACGGCGAAGUUGAACCAAAUGUAUCUGCAACAAACACAGCUUCUGGACCUAUAACAGCGGAAGAAACUAGAGCCUUUCUAAUGCAAAAGGGUCCAUUACCCACACAUGAGGUUGUGUAUAAAUUUAAGGCCAGAUUAAGAAGUGCAGAGGAUAAGCAAGCAUUUGCCGGUAUCCUGAAGAGAAUUGCAAAGAUACAGAAAAGUUCAAGUGGAACCUGUUAUGUUAUCCUGAGAAAGAGUUCACCAGCCACGUUUGGUGAAGAGGAUGCAGACGGUGAAAUUAUUGAUGGCGACGGUGGUGUUCCUCAUUCGACUGCUACAAAGCAAAAGGAAACUAAGGAAGGACCUGUUGACAACAUUGUCUAAACUAAGGAUAAGAUGGCAUUUGCUGAAAUCCUGAAGAGAAUCUCUAAGAUACAGAAAACUACAAGUGGAAAUAAUUAUGUUAUCCUGAGAAAGAGUUAACUAGGCAUUAUCUGUGUUUGACAGCUUAUACAAGUUAAUGUGAGAUAACUUUCAUAGUUUGUGCAUCAUGUUCAAGAUGCCAUGGGGAGUUUGGUAUUGAUUUUAGUAUUUGAUGACCAUUAAGUAUCCUACUUUUGUUUGGCAUUGAAUUA